AUGUUUGGACAAAAGUCCUUCCGCAUCAAUGGCGCCGAGUGCGGCCUGGAGGCCAUCCUCCUAGGAAUCAUCACCUCCAUGGGUGGUUUCCUCUUUGGCUACGAUACGGGCCAAAUCUCCGGCAUGCUCCUCUUUGAGGACUUUAUCAACAGGUUCGGCCAGGAUCAAGCCGACGGCACCCGCGACUUCAAGCCCAUCAUCGAGUCCCUCGUCGUCUCCCUCAUGAGCAUCGGUACCCUCGUCGGUUCUCUCACUUCGUCUUACACCGCCGACUGGUUCGGCCGCCGCAAGUCCCUCUCCUUCGGCGUCCUCAUCUUCAUCAUCGGCUCCAUCAUCCAAAUCACCGCCCAGAACAGCUGGGUCCACAUGAUGAUGGGCCGCUUCGUCGCCGGUCUCGGCAUCGGUAACCUCUCCGUCGGCGUCCCCAUGUUCCAGUCCGAGUGCGCGCCCCGCCAGAUCCGCGGCGCCGUCGUCGCCUCCUACCAGCUCAUGAUCACCUUUGGCAUCCUCGUCUCCAACUGCGUCAACUACGGCGUCCGCGAGAUCGAGGACUCCCCGCCUCCUGGCGCGUCGUCAUCGGCCUCGGCAUCGCCUUCUCUUUACCCCUCGGCCUCGGCGUCCUCGCCAUGCCCGAGUCCCCGCUGGCUCGCCGCCCGCUCCCGCUGGGACGACGCCCGCCUCUCCCUCGCCCGCCUGCGCGGCCUCCGCAACGACCCCCACAACCGCUUCGCCGUCGGCGUCGGCAGCUGGCGCGAGUGCGUCAUCCCUAAGCCCAACGGCAUCCCCAAGCAGGUCUACCGCACCUUGCUCGGCGUCUCUCUCCACUUUAUUCAGCAGUGGACCGGCGUCAACUACUUCUUCUACUACGGCGCUACUAUUUUCGAGUCCGCCGGCAUCGACGACCCCAUCCGUACCCAGCUCAUCCUCGGCGCCAUCAACGUCGGCAUGACUUUCCUCGGUCUCUACGUCGUCGAGAAGUUUGGCCGCCGCUGGCCCCUCAUCAUCGGCGCCAUCUGGCAGGCCGUCUGGCUCACCGUCUUCGCCUCCAUGGGCACCGCCCUCAACCCCGAGGAGAACGACACCUCGGGUAUCAUCAUGAUUGUUUCCGCCUCCAUGUUUAUCGCUUCCUUUGCCGCUACCUGGGGUCCCAUCUGCUGGGUCGUCAUCGGAGAGACAUUCCCUCUACGAACCCGCUCCAAGCAGGCCUCCCUCGCCACCGCCUUCAACUGGCUUGGAAACUUCAUGAUUUCUUUCCUCACUCCCCUCGCCACUGAUGGCAUCUCGUACGCCUACGGCUACGUCUUCGUCGGCAUGAAUGUCGUCGGCGCCAUCGUCGUCUGGUUCUUCCUCUACGAGUCCGUCAGCCUCAGUCUCGAAAACGUCGACCUCAUGUACAGCGACCCCUCCGUCAAGGCCUGGAAGUCCCGCUCCUGGGUGCCUCCCGGCUACAUCAACCGCAAGGACAAGGACGAGUCCGAAAGGCCAGGUCCACUGCCGCCGCCACCGGUCACCGCGGCAGCGACAGCGACGCCCAUCUCGCUCCCGGCGCUGAGAGCGGCUCCGAGAAUGGGGUUCUCGAUGCCAACAAGAGAACCAGGUCGAGUGAAGUGCCUGGCGUGGAGCACAAGGCGUAAAUGA